GAGCUUCUGUUUGAACUCCAAGAACAUGAUGAGUACAAGCGAGUGACAUUUAGCUUUCAGCUAUUCAAAAUAAUUCUUUCUUCCUGCAUCAAUUUCUCUCCUGACACCGAUAAUCUUCCGCUCUCAAAAUUCAUCAGCGUCCUUCUCAAGUAUGUGCAUCAGAGUCAUAAGGCACUCCUUACAGCUGUCUGGGAAUGUUCUGGCCUUCUUGCUUCCAAACUCACUUCACUUUGCUUCACUUCCCAAAACAAAAGUGGAACCAUUUUGCAAAGCCGAGGCUUGCACAUCCUUCCUCUUUCCCAUUUACCAACUGACCUUCACCAUCUAGUAAAUGAACUGUGGUCAAGUGUGGACGACUUGAACAUCGCUCAACGACGAAAGCGACCAUUGGAGAGUCCAAUCACAAGCACAAUUGAAGCGGCCUGUGCUGCCGCCUCUCGUUGGUCCGUGCUUGCUGUGCAUCUAGCUAACACACUUCUUGGGAUGGGGAUUCCGGAAAGCAUCGAACCUGUCGCUUUUUCACAUUGUUUGCGAAUUUUCGGCAAAUUGAUGGAGGAUUUCAAGGAAGACAGUGUUAAUCUUUCGCUUGAACAGACAACUAAAGUGGAAAUACUUCAGAGCAUGGCGAAUUCAAACGUCUUGGACAUGGCAAAGUGGGGAACAGAAGCUGUGCUUUUCAAUGGCACUACCUUAAUGCUGCGGAUGAUCCAGUUUGCACUCUUUAUAUCUCAAGAAGAUAAAGAAAUCAGUGUUGAAAUGGGUCAGUUUUUAAUUCCCCGGCUGUUGCGAACAUUGCUAUCCACCCUCACGAGACCCAGUUCCACAUCAAGCUCGCGCCGUGCCGCCUACAGGGCAUUCGUUGAAGCACGGCAGACUGUCAUUGGAGUAGGAAGCAGGGAAAUAAAGGAGGUUUGUAAUUUGGGUUUGUCCUAUGGACUCUGUGCGGAGGAUGACCAACAACUUCGUCGUCAAGUAUGGAAACACAUUUCUCAAUGCUGUCUCAAUUCACCCCUUCCGGGUGGACCUACCUCUCUCUCCCACUGCCUUUCGGUUCUCCAGUUGAUGAGCAGCGGCUGUCACGAGAACACAACUGAACAGCAUAUUGUGUCCACCACUCUGGAGGUGGUUUUGGAAUCGGCUAUCAAGUCAGCAGAAUUUCGUCAACCUUUUCAACAGAAUCCUCUUGAUCCCGAUUUGCCUUUCCAAGAAGCAAGGCAAGUUUUCUUUUUGUCUGACGCCUUGAAUGCAUUUAAGACGAUAAAACACAGCUCAGAUUAG